CAAGGGUGUGUCGGUGGCCACCAUCACAUUAGCCUCAAUGAAAACACAUUACACCUAGCUACAAGGCUAGUAGCGCCUCUCCGCUAAGUCACCUGACAACACAAUUCCCGCUGAAGCUUACCUCGACAAGCGCAUGACUUGGGAUGUCUUCAGCCGACUGGUACGCUCACAAAUCGCUUGGAGACGGACUGUUCUGGAUCCAAGAGCGAUUCUACCAGUCAGAGAACCGAGCCAACAUCUGGUUGCUCCGCGGGACACACCAGGACGUGGUGAUAGACACAGGUUUGGGGUUGAGGAGCCUACCUGACUACAUCGACGCCAAGGGGCUGCUUGGAAAAGACCCCCAGAGAAAAAACCCGCUGCUAGCAAUCGCCACCCACGCCCACUUCGACCACUCGGGGGGUCUGCAUCAGUUCCAACAGGUGGGCGUCCACAGCGCAGAGGUCGAUGCCCUGGCCAACGGAGAUAACUUUGAGACGGUCACCUGGCUCAGUGACAGGGAGAUAGCCGAGUCUCCCAGUCCAGGAUGGAGGGCAAGGCACUACAAAGUCAAGGCUGUGCAGCCCACACACAUACUGCAGGAGGGUGAUGUCAUUAACCUGGGCGACAGACAGCUGACAGUGCUUCACAUGCCAGGUCACUCUCGGGGAAGCAUUUGCCUCCACGACCGUGACAAUAAGUUGCUGUUCAGUGGAGAUGUGGUGUAUGACGGCGCCAUGAUUGACUGGCUGCCCUAUAGCCGGGUCAGUGAUUACAUCAGCAGUUGUGAACGUCUGGUGGGGCUAGUGGACAGCGAGCAGGUUGACCAAGUCCUGCCAGGGCACUACAACACUUUUGGUGCUAAGCGGCUCCAUCGGAUCGCGUCUGCAUACAUCAGCAGAGCUGGAACAUGCCCUGCAAAGUUCUCCACAAUCGCCUGGAGAACUCUGGCCGGGUUGGCGCUGCGAGCAUCCAACCCUCGCUGUGCCUGCUAAUCAGAGUGGAUCACGGAGCUGGAGGAAGCACAAGUGCACACACAAAUAUGUUUUAAUAAGAAACUGAAAUAUUUAGGGGUGGUACCCCUCUUUUAUCUGUAACUUGAUGUAAUGCUGUUCAUUCACUUAUGUAAUCCAGCUAAAUCCAUAUAAUUGCCAAACUUGGUGUCAAAUGCCCUUUGGGUUACAUAAGUCAAUAAUCAGCUUCAUGUAAAGCAUAUAAUAUAUAAAGUAUUUACAGUGAUAUUCUGUUAUUUGCUGAUGAAUAUGUAUAUGUUGGUCUUAGUAUGAUUAUAUGUAUGGGUUUUAUACUUUAUGCAGAUGUGAAAUUAUUAUAGCACAACAAUGGUACAAGAGCGCACUACAAACAGAACAGGGAGCUUUGGAUCCUCUGAGGCAUGUGAAACAGUAUAUACGGCCAUAGCUUUUCUCUAUGCAUAUUCCAAUGCUCAGUGAAGACCCAAUAAUGACUACCUCCUAUGUUUGGGAAGGUGCUUUGUAUUGACUUAUUUACAGCUUUGCGAUUGAAACACUGACAAUAAAGAGUCUGUUCUGUCA